UCGCUCCGCCGCCGCGCCGCUCUCCUACCUGUCCCGCCGCCGCGACGCGCCGCCCGAUUUCCGUGUCGACCCCAUCGACGUGAUCUGUGCGCGGCUUAUUGCCACUAAUUGUGACCCCCCGUCCCCCCGUCGGCCCCCCGUCCGUGAACCCGGGAGUUCGGAUUUUUCGCCGUCGCCGCCGCCGCCGCGUGUGUAGUGGUUCCCGGAUCGGAGCGCCCCCGCCGUACCCCAGGAAGCCCCGUCAGGUCACCUUGUGAAAUUGUAUCUCUCACCUACCCUUCCCUCCGUCCUUCGGUUGUCUGUUCAGCCUCCCCUCUUCUGCAUUCCUUGUUCAACAGCCCCCGUGCCCAAUGGAUAACAUGAACUCGUCUGAACCCAGUUUAGACAAAAUCAACUUGGACAAAAUCAACAAUGACCCGGGCAUCACGCUCACAAUUAGGCUCAUCAUGCAAUCUAAGGAAGUUGGCAGUAUUAUUGGAAAAGGAGGAGAAAUAGUCAAAAGGUUUCGAGAAGAGUCUGGAGCUAAAAUAAACAUAUCAGAUGGCUCUUGUUCUGAGCGGAUUGUCACAGUAUCUGGCACUACUUCAGCUAUCUAUAAAGCAUUCCUUCUAAUUUGCAAGAAAUUUGAAGAUUACUGCUAUCAAUUCCAAGAAAAUGGGAGUGGAGGUUCAAGGCCUCCAAUUACGCUUAGGCUAAUUGUACCUGCAUCGCAAUGCGGCUCACUCAUUGGUCGGGGAGGUUGUAAAAUCAAAGAAAUUCGAGAGGAAUGCCGAGCAUCGAUCCAAGUUGCGUCAGACAUGUUGCCUAAUUCGACGGAAAGAGCUGUCACUGUGACUGGAACAGGAGAGGCCAUAACACAAUGCAUUUAUCACAUUUGCGUUGUCAUGCUUGAGUGUCCACCAAAAGGAGUGACGAUUCCAUACAGGCCGAAACCUCAAGUAUCUGGACCAGUGAUUUUAGCCGGGGGACAAGCAUACACUAUCCAAGGAAACUAUGCAGUACCUGCUCACGGGGGUGAUGUAAGUAGUGCUCCCCCAGCUUUAACAGGUCUUCUUGGUCCUCCUGGACCCCCAAUCCUCGCCAACGCUCUUAUGGACCCGCUCACUAAGAAUGCUCAUUUACAGGCCGCAUUACCACCAACCAAUAUACUACCCCCCACGGCAGCCUACGAAAUUGGUAAGCUUGGUGGUGGACCCUUGGCCGGUCUAGCUGCCCUUGGAUUGGGAGGUUUAGGUGCACCUACUAAUGCCACAGGAAUCAAUCCAGCAGCGGCACUGGCUGCCAUCGCAGGAAGUCAAUUGAGAAAUGCUGCCAACCCACCUGCUAACAAUCGUAUUACGCAACAGAAUCAAAAUAGUCAUCAAACUCAUGAACUUACUGUUCCAAAUGAUCUGAUUGGCUGUAUUAUCGGCAAAGGAGGCUCCAAAAUAGCAGAAAUCAGACAAAUCAGUGGUGCCAUGAUAAGAAUUUCAAAUUGUGAAGAAAGAGAAGGUGGCUCAACAGACAGGACUAUCUCUAUUAGCGGGAAUCCCGACGCUGUUGCAUUAGCGCAAUAUCUCAUCAACAUGAGUGUGGAGCUCCAGAAACAGAACCUUGAAGCCCAAAAUCCUUCAAACCCAGGUGGAGGUUCCAUCUCAUCAAGCUCAUCCGCUACUCCUGCUUCUACCACUCCCUCCCCUUUAGCCGGCGCCAUUCCGCUGGCCCAGUUACUGACUAAACCAGGAGCAUUGAAUGCACUCUCAUCGUUGUCAGCUCUGGGCGGUCUCACUGACCUUAUUGGAGAACUGACGAACCACAGUCCUGGCAACGGACCACCGAUCCAAAUUACUGGUGUGCAUCAAAGCAAGAGGAAUUACUCAUCGCGCUCGCGAAGCCCUAAUCAGGAUGGUGGGAAAAUGAGAAAUGAUAGAAAUGAACGCAGCAAGUUUGCGCCCUACUAGGACAGUCCUUGAUCACCUCUUUUUAUGAAUCACUGUUUUUCUAUUUUUAUCAAAGUUAAGGAGACUCAAUCAAUCAUUUAGGUUUAUAAAGUUGAUUUUUUUAAGGGUCUUAUCUUUUAAUUUCUCCCCAAUCACUUUAUUUUUAUUUAUUUUUUAUCAUUUUUAUUUUUUUAUAGUUUUUACUUUUAUUUGGCUUAAGUGUAUUAGUAUAGGUCUGACUUUUAAGAAAGAUAGCUCUUCAUUAAUAUAUAAGGAAAAAUUGUUUGACAAGAAAAAUAGAAAGUGGCCUCACAGAUAAAAUGAUGCAACAGUCAGCAGAGUGUAGACUAGUUUUAAGAGUUUCUUAUGCAGAAUUUUAUUUCACUAUCUUUUCUCUUUUAUUUUUUAUUUUAUUGGUUGAAUCAUUGAACCCUAGGCAGGAUUUUUUUUUAUUUUACUUUAAUUAUUGAAAGGAGUCAAAAGGAGUAUUAUAUUUUUAUAACGAAUUUCCUUGUUCAUAAUAUAAAAUCAAGAUUAUUAAAAGUAUCUGUUCACUAUCGCAAAGUUUCUAGAACAGAGGAAAGUAUAUUGCAAAAAGGAGAUUCCACGUUACUUUCUGUUUGUUUUUCUACCGUGUUUUUUUAAUCACAUUAUUUUCUUAACUUUUUAAUAAAAUGUAGUAGCCCAAAUAGAAGAAACUAUAUAAAAAAUCAUUCCAGUACCUUAAUGGUAGAAUUUUAUUCAGAGUUAAAGUGUGUUGGUGACUCCUUAAUAAAGGUAGCAUGCCAAUGAAACAAUUUAAAAACGAUACUCCAAAAAAAUUGUCAAAAUUUGAUCGCUGAAAAGUUGAUUUUAAUACAAGUGCGGUUUUUGUACAUUAAUUUAAGUUAUAAUCGAAGUAAAACUUUAAGUUUUUCUGCUGGAUGAUGUGCUGUGAAGGAAUUGUGAAAUAAUGUUGGAAAGAACUAAGCUUGCCUCCAAGCUAUUUUAAUCUUUGAUCCAUUAAACUAAUCGUAGCGUCAAAGAACAAGAAUUUUGUUUUUCAUUAUCUAUUUUUUCCUACUUUUGUACCUCCCUAGAUAUCUCCUUUAAUUUCAAUAUUUUGAACUUCCAUAACUUGAUUUGUGAAGAAAGUUAAAUGUUUUUCUCCCUGAAUAGGAAUCUUAUUUUAAUUUUCUAAUGAAAAAGAUUUUUUUUUCUUUGGAUUUGUUCUUCAUCCUGUUCAAUCUCCAAAACCUCUCGCUUUAUUUUAUGUCGUUUUAGCAAGUUAAUAUCUGAUCCCUCCAGCUCCCUCCCGGACAUUUUUUUUCCAUUCUUAAUCUCAUUAAACAUAAUCCUCUGAAGCUCCUGAGACUUCCAUCGUUACUGUUGUCUACAGAUCCCGAGUUUUUCUGUGUCUGUCUCAGAACACCCCCAAAUCGUAUAUCAUAGAAGGAUUGUACUAGUCAACGUUGUAUGAAAAUUUGAAAGAAAUUGAAAUGGAGAAAAAUCAUUUUCCAAUGUCACUAGUUUCCUUUACUCUCGCUUGUCAACUAUCCAAGUUUUAUCCAUUCACUCAUUUAUCUACUUUAAGAUGAGUUUCAGUUAUUCUCCAUCGUGGCAGACUGAUCAGACAGUUAUUAAUUAUUAACAGGAAUAGUAGUAAAGGAAAUUUAAAAGAACCAUUUUUCUAUUGAAGUUUCAAUCAUCAUUUUGAGGAAAAAUUAAACAUGAAAGCAUAAAAAAUUAGAUAAUAGUAACUGACUUCCUUUCAAAUCAAGUGAAUAAAAUCUCAUCAUUAAAAAUCAGACUCAACUUGGAUUUACUGUAAUAGGACAAUGCGCGCUAUUGUCAUAGUGCUUGACUAUAGCAGAUGAUAACCGAGUCCCUCUCCCCUCUAGUCUAAAUGUAAAGAAAGUAGACGAGAGUGUCCCAUUCAUGUUUCAAUGCCUAGAUGAGAAUGAGCCAGGUUCCGAACGGCAAAGAUGGACACAGCUACUGUCUGUCAUCUUACACUGUCUUCACAGUAUUCCAAACGUGCAGCUUCAGUAUGUGUUAUUCUUCUUAAGCUUCAGGGACAUGAUGUAGAUGUUUUGUCAGUGAGACUAGUAGAAAUCUUAGUAUCUCUGUUGUGAUGUUUCAGACUUUUUUCUCUACAAAAAUAAACCAAAAUUGCUUGAAAUUUUUGCAAAAUGUUCCUCGCCCAGAAGUAUAUCAUGACAAUAAGUUUGUAACAUCUAUAAGCACGACCUAGGGUUUCUCUAUUUUCAGCAUCAUUUUUUCUUCAGAACUAUUAAUCCCUGCUGAAAAAUUCAUUUCUUAAAAGAAAGUCUCUUGACAACAUGAUUAAACCCUGUAAUGCCUGCAGGCUUAGAGGUUUGUGCUUAAAGUUUUGAAAUGAAUAGCUCUGCUGAAAUUGUAUCGUCAGGAAUUUUUAGAAAAUUAAUCUUACUAUUACUCUUACCUUUACAAGUGGCUUAUAGUUUUCAAUUUCUCCAUGAAACAUUUAAAAACUUUGUUCAACAAGUAUUUUGAAACUGUCAAAGCCCUCUUUAAAUUAAUAAUUAGUUCAGAGUUGCAACAUUUUAAUUUAGACUCAUUACUGGUAGUAAAAAUCAUAUUAAUUUUUAAGUGACUUCUUCUCUCAUCUCAUGGUUUAAAACAACUUUAUCCACUAAUUUUUUCCCACCAUAUUACCUGUAAUAAGAAAUAAAAAAAUAAAAGUCUUACCACUUCU